GCCUUCCUCCCAGUCAUGUACUCCAUCAUCUGCUUCACAGGCCUGCUGGGGAAUGGGCUGGUAAUGCUGACCUAUGUCUAUUUCAAGAGGCUCAAGACCAUGACAGAUGUCUACUUACUAAACCUGGCCUUGGCAGACAUCCUCUUCCUCUUGACCCUCCCCUUCUGGGCCACUAGUGCAGCCAAACACUGGAUUUUUGGGGAGUUUGCCUGCAAAACAGUCUACUGCAUCUGCAGGAUGAGCUUCUUUAGCGGGAUGCUCCUGCUGCUGUCCAUCAGCAUUGAUAGGUACUUUGCCAUUGUCCAGGCUGCCUCUGCCCACCGCCUCCGCCCCCAGAUGAUCUUAGUCAGCAAAAUCACCUGCAUCCUUAUCUGGAUCCUGGCCUUUAUCCUCUCCAUCCCAGAGCUAGUCCACAGUGGCGUACAAGACUCAGAGAACUCUCUUCCUCGCUGCUCCAUUGUUGCUUUUGAUUUGCAACAGUUUGACACCGGCAUCAAAGUGUCCCAGAUGGUCUUUGGCUUCCUGGUGCCUCUGGUGGUCAUGUCCUUCUGUUACUUCGUCAUCAUCAAGACUUUACUCCAGGCCCGGAACUUUGAGAAGAAUAAAGCCAUCAAGGUCAUCAUUGCUGUGGUGAUAGUGUUCGUUGUCUUCCAGCUGCCCUACAAUGGUGUUAUGCUGGCCAAGACCAUCUCGUCCUUCAACCACACAGACAGCAUGUGCGAGAAGAGCAAGCAGCUCGAUGUGGCAGAUGAUGUAACCUACACCUUGGCUUGCUUCCGCUGUUGCCUCAACCCUUUCCUCUAUGCUUUCAUCGGUGUCAAGUUCCGCAAUGACCUCUUCAGGCUUCUCAAGGAGCUGGGCUGCCUAAGCCAAGAGAGGCUCUGGCAGCUGUCAACCUGCAGGGAAAACAAGAGGUUCUCCAUCGCCAUGGAGACAGAAACAACCACCACUUUCUCACCAUGA